AUGCAACCUGAAUAAAUUGUAGAUUAAGAGAUCUCUCAUAGAGUAUUCGAAAAUUCAUCAUAAUAUCUCUUUUAAGAAAAAACUGUAAUUUAAUAAACUCCAUCAGGAAAUAAUUUAUUUAUUGAAAUUUCAGACAAUAAACAAACAAAAAUUGAUUUAAUUAAAGUUAUUGAACCUGAUCAUAAGCAGGAAAUUAUGUUAAGAUAAACUAAAUAAAAUUAGAAUCGAUCAACACCACCAUCAAUUCAUGUAUUCGAACCUCAACUUACAUUAUAAAAUUAAAGUGCUAAUUAACUUAUUGAUUCAACAGGUAAAACUUAUCUUCAGCAGAGAUUAUAUCAAUAAGCAGUCUAUAAUGGAGAGUUUCAUAGUUCAGAUAGAUCUUAAACUAAUUUUUAGUAAGCUAUAUCAAGAUUAUAGGAAUAACUUACUCAAUUAAUACAAAUCUAACUAAUUUUACAAAAGAGAUAUCUAAUGGGUUUAUUUCUUGAUUCUGAUAAGUGUUUUCUAAACUAUCUUAUACUUUAUAUAUAUUCUGAAUAAUUAAGGAUAUUAAUAUUUGGGAAGAUGGAAUAAAGGGAUUGAUUUGGAUGGUAAGAUAUUUUGAAUCUAAAUUAGGCAUAUUUUGUGGUUAUGACAAAGCAGAAAAGUAUCCCUUUAUAUAUUUAAAUAAUCCAAUCAAAGAAUAUUUAUAUUAAAGAGUUUGUGUAUCACAAUGUCCAGAUGAUGAUCAGAAAUAAGUGGAUUGUUUAACUAAUCAUUUAAUUAAAUCAUGUAAUUCUUAGAUUAGUAUAUCAAAUCCAAAUUAAGAUUUCAUUAUAUAUUCGACAUUUAGAUGUAGAUAUAUAUAUAUAUAAAUAUAAUUUAGAUUAAUACAGUAUUUGUAUUCCAAAGACUAUGAAUUAUUUUUAUUAAACAUAAGAAGUCUAUGAUUUUGAGUUGGUAUAAUCAUGUAUAUCUGAUUUAUGGGUGAUGAGAUAUCCAAUAUUUACAACAUAUUUUGUAAUAAUAUUUCUAAAAAUAAUAUUGGAUAAAUUGAUAAAAAUAAGAAUGCAAAAAAUAUAUAUUUCAUGUAUUUUACUCAUUUUAUUGAUUGGAAUUGCAGGAGUCUAUUUUUUUCAUUAAUUUAUCAAAUUGAUUAAUAUAGAUUCUUUUGAUAAGUAAAUUUAUAAUUUAUUUCUAUAUAGUUAAAUAGCUACAAUGAAAAUUGAUUAUGCCUAUGUUUUAGAACAUACAUCAAAACCAAAUCCCACUUUAGCCUUAUUAAUAUCAAUAAUUCUUGUAAUGGUUUUUUACAUUAUGGCUUAUUUAUUUUAUAAGUUGAAUAAUCAAAUUAAAUUAUUGUUUAUUGGAUUGAAAUUAAUGAGGAAAUUUCAAAAAUCAUAGAAAAUGCUUUCAAUUUUAAUUUUUACAAAUUUAAUAAAAUUUAUGAUCUUCAUAAUAUACUUUUAUACAUUGAUGGCUACAUUAUCUCCACCAAAUAUUUAAACCAAUAAUGUAAUAUUUAAGAAUGGUUUAUCAUUUACAUAAUAUUGCUUAGGUGUAUAUUUAAUUAUCUCACUAAGAUAUUGUUAUUUUUUUAUAGAUAAUUUAUUGAAUUUCUUUACAAGUUCUUUAUUUUUGGAAUGGUAUGGAUUAGCAUUAAUUUAAUAGAAUGAAUUAGAUUAAACCUAAAAUUUUAAAAUUCCUUAAAAGAAAACAUUAAUUUAUAAUUUGGGUAGUGUAAUAGCAUAAAGUUCAAUUAUAUUCUUUACAGAUUAUAUUGUUAAUGUUUGGAAUCUUUUUAGUAUGAUAAGCAAGAAAUUAAGAUUAAAAUUAUUUUUAUAAGAUUAUAAUCAUUACUCAUCAUUGAAUUAAUUUUCAACUAUUGUAAUUAAUUAAUUUUUAUUAAUUAGCUUUCAUUAAAGAAUUGUACUUUUCAAAAUGCAAUAGAAAUAGUUGAAUAAUUAAAUGGAAUGAUAUUGCCUAUUCAUCAAAAAAAGAUGAUUUAAAUGUCUCAAGUAUAUGGAUAACUAAAUCAAUAUUUUGUAAGUUUACUUGCUACUAUGAUAAUUUAUAUUAUUUAAAGAUUACUAUAUUCUGAUUAGUUAUUUUCAAUAUAUCCAGGAUUAGCUAUGGGAUUUUUGAUUGGUUUAUUUGUAUCUCAAACUCAUUAUGUUGAAAUGUAAUCAGGGAUUUAGAGUUUAUUUCACAUCUAUUUUCUAGAUUAAGAGUAAUCAUUAUUAUUGGGAAUCUUGACAUUCUUUAGAAGGAAAGAUAAAAAGAAAAUGAUUUCACAUAUUGAAUAAUAAAUUAAGGAUUUCAAAUAAUAGAUUGAAAAAUGA